AUGGCCACCUCACCGACCAGACCACAACCGUCCCCGAUAGACACGACCAUCCACACACCUUCACCACCCACGUCCUCAACCUCAACCCCUCAGACCAAGCGCUCCCGCAGCGCAUUAUCACUCGACCUCAGCACACUCCCACCGCUGACCUCCCCAUCACCGCCCUCCAACACCCUACUUAUUACCCGCCUCUCCGACCCCAAAAUCUUUCACCCGGCCUCCCUCGCCACUAUCCGCGAACACAUCUCCUCCAUCGCGCCCCUCAAUUCCUUCUCCCCUCUAAAAUCAAUGCACCGCAUCAUCGUCAGCUUUUUCGACGACGCCUCCGCUAUCGCCGUGCGGCAGUCUGUCGACGGCACCGCGUUUUCCUCGUCCAAUACCGAGCCCUCGGUCGCGAAAUGCUAUUUCGGCGAGCCGACCCCAAUAAACCAAGAAACGAAAUACCUUGAGCGUCCCGAUGCGGGGAGGCUGUUCUUCAUCAGCCCACCGCCUAGUCCGCCCGUGGGCUGGGAGAUGAGGAUGGAGGAUGCGCCUAACAAAUCCGUCCAUGCAGAGGAUCUGGCAUCCAAACUAUCGGCGUUGACGAGUCGGCUGUCGUCCUCGAACAACAAUGAGGAUGUCUCGCCUAUCGAAGAGCAGUACACAGCGGAUGAGCUUUCUCAGAAGCUGAAAUCUACACAUACGCGCAAACGCUCUACGGAAGAUAUGCUCACGACGCCAACGUCAGCAGCACCGAAUAAUAACGGGUCAAGUCCGAAGAAGAUUAGAAGUCGGAGCUCGACGUUGAUCUACGAUCCGAAAGCACACGGAGACUCACCCGGCUACCCGCCGUGA